GGGAGCGCGCACGCAAGGAGGGAGGAGAGGGAGGAGCACAUCCUAAUGCAGAGAUGCUGCAGUGGCUUUGGGCACACACAUCCACCCUCGGCCAGCCACCAGGCGAGCGCUGCCUCGCAGCCCAGCCCCCGGCAGCCGCCAGGCCCCGCGGGCCCCCGGCUGAUGCCCACGCAGCCCUCCCGCCGCAGGGCCGCCGUCCCCACGCGCCCGUAGAGGCUCCGCAGGACCCGGCGCAGGAUGGGAGGCACCGCUGGGCUCAUCCACACCUCCCUGGCCGUCGGCACCUUCCUGGUUUGGUGCCAAGCCCAGAGUGGGAUGAGGAGCUACGGGCCCGUGUUCGAGGAGCAGCCAUCCCACACUCUCUUCCCUGAGGGAUCGGCAGAAGAAAAGGUGACCCUGGCCUGCCGAGCCCGGGCCAAUCCUCCCGCCACCUACAGGUGGAAGAUGAACGGCACGGAGCUAAAGCUGGAGCCGGAUUCCCGCUACAGGCUGGUGGCCGGGGAUUUGGUGAUCAGCAACCCCGUGAAAGCCAAGGAUUCCGGCUCCUACCAGUGCGUGGCAUCCAACUCCAGGGGCACCGUGGUGAGCAGGGAGGCCUCGCUCCGCUUUGGCUUUUUGCAGGAAUUCUCGGCGGAAGAGCGGGACCCCGUGAAGAUCACCGAGGGCUGGGGGGUGAUGUUCACCUGCAGCCCCCCGCCCCACUACCCAGGUUUAUCCUACCGGUGGCUCCUGAACGAGUUCCCCAAUUUCAUCCCGGCCGACGGGAGACGUUUCAUCUCCCAGACCACGGGCAACCUCUACAUUGCCAAGACAGAGGCCUCGGACCUGGGCAACUACUCCUGCUUUGCCACGAGCCACAUGGACUUCAUCACCAAGAGCGUCUUCAGCAAGUUCUCCCGCCUCAGCCUGGCUGCAGAGGAUGCCAGGCAGUUCCCACCCAGCAUCAAGGCCAGGUUCCCUGCGGACACCUACGCUCUGACCGGGCAGGUGGUGACCCUGGAGUGCUUCGCCUUUGGGAACCCCGUGCCCCAGAUCAAGUGGAGGAAGCUGGAUGGGCCACAGUCCUCCAAGUGGAUCGGCAGCGAGCCCCUGCUGCAGAUCCAGCAGGCUGGAUUUGAGGAUGAGGGGACGUACGAGUGCGAGGCAGAAAACGCCAAAGGGAGGGACACCCACCAGGGCCGCAUCAUCAUCCACGCCCAGCCCGAGUGGCUGGACGUGAUCUCGGACACCGAGGCCGACAUCGGCUCCGACCUGCGCUGGAGCUGCGUGGCCUCGGGCAAGCCCCGGCCCACGGUGCGGUGGCUGCGGGAUGGGCAGCCCCUGACGUCCCAGAACCGCAUCGAAGUGAGCGGUGGAGAGCUGAGAUUUUCCAAGCUAGUCCUGGAGGACUCUGGCAUGUAUCAGUGUGUGGCUGAGAACAAGCAUGGCACAGUUUAUGCAAGUGCUGAAUUAACAGUGCAAGCCUUAGCUCCAGAUUUUAGACUAAACCCGGUGAAGCGCCUGAUCCCGGCAGCCCGCAGUGGGAAGGUCAUCAUCCCGUGCCAGCCACGAGCAGCACCAAAAGCCACCGUGCUCUGGACCAAAGGGACAGAACUCCUGGUCAACAGCAGCAGGGUGACGAUUACGGCGGAUGGGACCCUGAUCCUGCAGAACAUCAGCAAAUCCGAUGAGGGAAAAUACACCUGCUUUGCUGAGAACUUCAUGGGCAAAGCCAACAGCACCGGAAUCCUCUCUGUCCGAGAUGCCACCAAGAUCACGCUGGCACCAUCGAGCGCCGACAUCAACGUGGGCGAGAACCUCACCCUGCAGUGCCACGCGUCCCACGACCCCACCAUGGACCUCACCUUCACCUGGUCCCUGGAUGAUUUCCCCAUCGACUUCGACAAGUCCGAGGGGCACUACCGGCGAGCCAGCGCGAAGGAGGCCAUCGGGGACCUCAGCAUCUCCAACGCGCAGCUGCGGCACUCGGGGCGUUACACCUGCACGGCCCAGACCGUGGUGGACAGCGCGUCCGAGUCAGCCACGCUCACCGUCAGAGGACCUCCAGGCCCACCCGGAGGGGUGGUGGUGAGGGACAUUGGUGACACCAGCGUCCAGCUGAGCUGGAGCCGUGGCUUCGACAACCACAGCCCCAUCGCCAGGUACCUCAUCGAGGCCCGGACCCUCCUGUCCAACCAAUGGAAGCAGAUGCGCACCAAUCCCGUAAACAUCGAGGGCAACGAGGAGACGGCGCAGGUGGUGAACCUCAUCCCCUGGAUGGAUUACGAGUUCCGGGUCCUGGCCAGCAACAUCCUGGGAAUUGGGGAGCCCAGUCUGCCCUCCAGCAAAAUCCGCACCAAGGAAGCAGCACCGACGGUGGCACCAUCCGGGCUCGGCGGUGGCGGAGGGGCUCCCAACGAGCUCAUCAUCACCUGGACGCCGACGCUGCGGGACUACCAGAACGGGGAGGGCUUUGGGUACAUCGUGUCCUUCCGGAGGAAGGGCAGCCAGGCCUGGCUGAGGGCGCGGGUGCCGCACGCGGAGUCGCUGCACUUCGUGUACCGCAACGAGAGCAUCGCGCCCUACACCCCCUUCGAGGUGAAGAUCAGGGCCUACAACCGCAAAGGGGAGGGCCCCGAGAGCCUCACGGCCAUCGUGUACUCGGCAGAGGAAGAACCCAAAGCGGCUCCUUACAGGGUCAUUGCCAAGUCUGUCCUGUCCUCGGAGAUGGAUGUGUCCUGGGAGCCCGUGGAGCAGGGAGAAAUGACCGGAGUGCUUUUGGGAUACGAGAUCCGGUACUGGAAGGACGGGGACAAGGAGGAGGCGGCUGACAGAGUGAGGACAGCGGGGCUGGUGACAUCGGCCCAUGUCACCGGCCUGAACCCCAACACCGACUACCACGUGUCAGUGCGAGCCUACAACCGGGCAGGGACCGGUCCCCCAAGCCCUGCCACCAACGUCACCACCACGAGACCUCCACCAAAAAGGCCACCUGGGAACAUCUCCUGGACCUUUUCUGGCUCCACAGUCAACAUCAAAUGGGACCCUGUGGUGGCCAAGGCAGACGAGUCGGCGGUGACGGGGUACAAGAUGCUCUACAGGCAGGAUUCCCACUCGGCCCCCACCCUGUACCUGGCCAGCAAGAGCCAGAUCGACAUCCCCAUCCCUGAGGAUUUCACUCACGCCUUCGUCCAGAUCCGGGUCACGGGGCCCGGCGGGGACGGGACUCCAGCAGAAGUUCACAUCCUCAGGAACAGCGGGACGAGCAUGAUGGUGGAGGACUCGGGGAUGAGGCCAGUGCCACACGUCGUGGUCGUCACCACCAACUCCCUGCUGAUGGUGGCCCUGAUCAGCUCCCUGGAGCUCUGACCUUGGAUCCUCCCCAUCCCAUGGGAACAACGCAAAUCCCAUGGGAACAACACCAAAUCCUAUG